CAACCUUUCGAAGUCAAUAUGAAGUCGACCAAUUCCUUGUGGACAAGCAUUUUCAAUCGGUUGAUCAUGAGGGUAGACCGACGGGAACCUCAAGAACCCACAGAGGUACGAGCGAAGUUAUCAAUCCCGACACUUAUUUCGAAACACAUAAACCCCCACGUACGUUAGCAGAAAACGAAGUGAAAGUCGGGGAAUUCGUGAACAAACACAAAGACAAUAGAAGAAUAGUUCUGGUGACCAGCGGAGGAACCACCGUCCCACUGGAGAAUAAUACC